AGCUUAUGCUCUGUGAUGGACUUCAGGUGGGAGGAGGAUUGGAAGCAGCUGUGCUGUCUCAGGGAAUUCACAUCCUGCAGGAGAGGCACUGAAGGGGUCAUUUUAUUGGCGUGGGCAGCGAGCUACUGGAAAGAGUUAAAGUCAGCAGAUAAGCAGCGAGCCCUAGAAGAAACCAAAGCCUACACCACCCAGUCCUUAGCAAGUGUUGCCUACCUGAUAAACACCUUGGCCAACAAUGUCCUGCAGAUGCUGGACAUCCAGGCAUCCCAGCUGCGAAGGAUGGAAUCGUCAAUCAAUCAUAUUUCACAAACCGUUGAUAUUCAUAAAGAGAAAGUUGCAAGAAGAGAAAUUGGUAUUUUGACUACCAAUAAAAACACUUCAAGGACACAUAAGAUUAUUGCUCCAGCCAAUCUUGAAAGACCAGUUCGUUAUAUUAGAAAACCUAUUGACUAUACAAUUCUAGAUGAUAUUGGACAUGGAGUAAAGUGGUUGCUUAGAUUUAAGGUGAGUACCCAGAAUAUGAAGAUGGGUGGGCUGCCACGUACAACACCUCCAACUCAGAAACCUCCCAGCCCCCCUCUGUCAGGGAAAGGGACUCUUGGGCGGCACUCCCCCUAUCGCACACUGGAGCCAGUGCGUCCUCCAGUGGUACCCAAUGAUUACGUACCUAGCCCAACCCGUAAUAUGGCUCCCUCGCAGCAGAGCCCUGUGAGGACAGCUUCUGUGAAUCAAAGAAAUCGAACUUACAGCAGCAGUGGGAGUAGUGGAGGAAGCCACCCCAGUAGUCGGAGCAGCAGCCGGGAGAACAGUGGAAGUGGGAGUGUAGGCGUUCCCAUCGCUGUUCCUACUCCCUCUCCUCCCAGUGUCUUUCCAGCCCCUGCUGGCUCUGCUGGUACUCCUCCCCUUCCUGCUACUUCUGCAUCUGCCCCUGUCCCUAUUGUUCCUGCUACUGUCCCUUCCUCCACUGUCCCAGACGCAGCUUCUGGGGGUGCCCAGGCCCUUGCUGAUGGCUUCGCUUCUCCAACUCCCCCUGUUGUUUCUUCUACUCCCCCUACAGGUCAUCCUGUUCAGUUCUAUAGCAUGAACAGACCUGCCUCUCGCCAUACUCCCCCAACAGUAGGGGGUUCGUUGCCCUAUCGACGCCCUCCUUCCAUCACCUCACAAACAAGCCUUCAGACUCAGAUGAAUGGAGGACCUUUCUAUAGCCAGAAUCCAGUAUCUCUUGCUCCUCCUCCUCCCUCCAUCCUACAGGUAACUCCUCAGUUACCUUUAAUGGGAUUUGUGGCCAGAGUCCAAGAAAAUAUUUCAGACACACCACCCCCGCCACCACCUGCGGAAGAGCCAGUCUUUGACGAAUCCCCCCCUCCACCCCCUCCUCCAGAAGAUUACGAAGAGGAGGAGGCCGCCGUGGUGGAGUACAGUGACCCGUACGCUGAGGAGGACCCGCCCUGGGCUCCAAGGUCUUACUUGGAAAAGGUUGUGGCAAUUUAUGAUUAUACAAAAGACAAGGAAGACGAGCUGUCUUUUCAGGAAGGAGCCAUCAUUUACGUCAUCAAGAAGAACGACGAUGGCUGGUACGAGGGCGUUAUGAACGGAGUGACGGGGCUCUUCCCGGGGAAUUAUGUCGAGUCCAUCAUGCAUUAUUCCGAGUGAAGCUCCGCCACCAUUUCCCUCCAGGAAUAGGCAGGACUUCCCAGACUAUCCCGAGGCCCUGGCCUUCCCCUCAGUGAAGUGAAUGAAGGAUACAAAUGAUAAAAACUACGUAUGUGUUGUUGUUUUCGGUUUAUCCCCCAGUAUUAAAGCAAAAAGCAAACCUAAUUGUGAACAAAUGGAUCUUUCUGUCAUCAUUUGUACUAUGCUGAGCUGUCUGGAUUGAAAUAAAGUGACCAUUUCUGAAUAUGUCAAGGAAUAACAGCAUAACUGUAAAACAAAUCAGGUUAAGACUGAUUCAGAGCAAAAUCUGGGAUCUUUCUCAGGAAUACUGUGCACCAUGGGGUAUCUUCUGCAGAACCUGUGGCACUGGCUGUUCUUCAGUGCCUGUGCCAGAGGGUUAGCCUGUGGCCUGCUGCGUACUCCGCUUUCUUCCACCUGUAUGAGGAGGGAACCGAUAUUUGAAUACCAUACUGAACCAUGUUUAGUUGUUUCCGAGGGCUCAUUUCCUGUCACAGGUGAAUUCUGCACUCUCUCAGUACUUGCGCGUGCCAGAGUGAAUGCUGAACUGACUUGCAUCCCUUCAUGUUUCUGUUUGUAGAUGAUGAAAUGAGUCUCCCAACAUUCUGAGGGUGGUUGGCAAUGGCCAGUGUGACUUGAAUGUGCUGCUGCUGCAUGAGACUGCGUUGCAGAAAGGGCCAGCACACCAGUGUGUGACGCUGGCCGUGAAGGUGCUUAAGGUCCUGAAAAGAUUGGACUGUAGAAACUGCUGCCCAAGAGGCAUCCUAAGGCUUUGCCUUAGGCACUGGUUUGAGGAGCAGGAUUUUGGAAGUUAGACCAACUGUUUACUUUCACUAUUGAGAAAAACAUUCUUUUUGGGGAAAAUAGCAGUUAUUUUCAAAUUUCUUGAUAGUCACUGGGAAUAAAAGGCUUGCUACUGUAAUCUUGGUGAUACUAAUGGCCAGUGUUAGCUGCUGCUGAGUUCUUUACUCACUUGACUUUAGAAAAGGGAAAUACUCGCUUGGUUUUGUGGUUGGUCUUGGAAGUAGCUUCCUUUGGUAAGAAUUUGAACUUGUAUCUCAGACUAAGAAUAGUGGGGUAAGGCCAAAUAUUUAUCCAAUUACAUAGAUUAAAAACUGAUAGGACUUUGCAAUACAGCACUUUUUUUUAUCUGCCCAAUUAUAGCUUCAAGUUCAGUGGAGUCGGUAAGUCAGAUGGCUUCAAUCAUUUCUGUAAUCAGUAUAAGAAAUGUUUUAAAAAUCCAGGAGGGCUUUGCUGCUCAGCAGGUGAAACUCGGGGAUAAAGCAGCUCAUGGUCAGGCCCACGCUGUGAUGGGCUCUUCCCAGUCCCAGUGACUUGGCCAGAGAGAGCUUUGCCCGGCGACUUCCCUGUGCGGGGUUCAAAGGGGAGAGGUAAUAGCUGCAUAUACAGUUGACCCUUGAACAACACCAACACGGGUGAUAACUGCACAGGUCCACUUACACGUGGAUUUUUUCAAGAAAUAUACAGUCGGCCCUCCGUAUCCCUGGAUUUUGUAUCUGCAUAUUCAACCAGUUAUGAAUGAAAGCAGUAUUUUCAGUCUGCAGUUGGGAACCACAGAUGGGGAGAACCAGCUGUGUGCAUGGUUUUGUCAUUUUGUAUAAGGGGACUGCGGCAUCCAAGGAUUUUGGGGUGUGUGUGUGUGUGUCCUGGAACCAGUCCCCCCUCAAUAAAGAGGGCUGACUGUAGUAGUUAAGUUGUGGGGAGUCAAGUUAUAGGUGGAUUUUCAAUUGCCUGGGUCUCAGGGUCCCUAACUCCUGUGCUGUUCAAGGGUCAACUGUGCUUCACAUGUAAGCCUUGAACAUGAACUAGUGCAGCUAGAGGACUUGACUGAAAAUGGACAUGGUGGUAGUGUGCGAGGGAACUCAGAUGGUGCAGGCAGAAUAUUCCAGUCGUGAGUCUAUCAGAGCACAAAACUUCACCAUUUUACUGAGACCCAGAUACACAGGUCCCUUGUCAAGACUUUUUGUUGUAAAGUUGAAGGCCCCGCCCCCACACACACACAUACAUUGCAAGUCAGCUAUUUUGCCUUUAGCUCCCUUUAACACUUUGAAUUUGGCUUUGCCUCCAUGUUUUUGUGAGGUCAUCCCAACAUCCGUUAUCCUGUUUUCCUUUGAAGUAAUGGCCUUGAGUGUCCUCCGAGCUGUCGGCUUCGUUAUGAACCCAACCUAUACUACACUUGGACAGAUUACGCUCUUCUUGGUGUUGGUGUAUAACUAGGAAAAUCUUUAAAAUUAGAUGUUCCAAUUAUUUAUUUAAAUACCUUUUUGCUGAGAAAGCUUAGUGGAUUUAAUAAGAAGGAAUUUUGAAAUCCAGCAAAUAGUUCCAUACCUCACACCGAUGGCAGACAACUGUGCAACCAGAGUUGGUGGUGGCUGCUUGCCUGUUGGACUGAGGCGAGCAGAUGCUGGUGGUGACGGCCGCAGGCAGCAGGGGAUCCACGGGUCAGCUGACUUUUUCCUUUAUUAUUUAAUACUAAUGUGUGAUUUUAAAAAACAUGUUUGAUUUUCUGCAUACUUUAAAUUUUUGUACAGUUUGAUUUCCAUAUAUUGUCUUGGAAGGAUACUAUGUAACGAUGGGCCAGGCCUACAGUAAUGGGAGACCUUUAAUGUAUGUGAUAUUUUAUAGGUUGCAUGCUAUUAAUAGUCUGUGACGUUAGUAUUUCUUGUUUUAUUGUCAGUUUCCCCAUUUAUCUUUUUAUAAAUGAGAUGAGAUAGUGGGCAGUAGGAAUUCCAAAUGAAUGUAGAAAUCUCACAUGCUACAUGAUAUUGUGGCAAAGGGGAUCCAAGUCUAAAUCUGCUGACAAGCAAGCAACAUUAUCAGGAUAGAAUCUAAUGGGAGAGGGAAUUUUUUUUUCCUUUUUGACUUACUGUCCAUUUCCUGUUUUCUUAAAAAAAAAAAAAAAGGAACAACUUUUAAGUCACUCCUUUUAAUCAACUUAUUUUUUGGUACAGUUGUUUGAAAGGCCAUGGUGGUAUGAAUCAAAAUACUUUUGUCAUUGACCUAAAGGCAGUAAAUCAGAAACAAAAAGUAUCAACGUGUCAAAAUCUAGACCUAAGAGAUUCAGCCUGCUGUGUUUAAAAUAAAUAGGAAUCUUUUCUUCAGUAUUUUCCAUCUUUUGGCUAUUUGCUGUCUAUCUCCCUCAGGACCACUGUAGAGUUUGCAAGGGCCUGCUGCUGUGCUGUGUAUUCCUGGAGGUCACCAGGUGGGGCGUUUUUCCCUCCCUGUCCUUUCCCCUUCUGCUUGUUUAUUACCCAACUAGAAUGUCUUAUUCGCCUUCCCAGGGAUUUCUGUAAUGUAGCUGUGCUCCUUGGCAGUCUUAGGUUGAUUGAAGAUGAUUUGAGAGGCUUCAAAAUGAUGGUAGUUGGCUUUUAUCCUUUCGUGUCCGUUUUAGCAGGUUACCAUUCUGCAUUAGGAACUAUUUUCAAAUUAUUUUAUUUCUGCUCAGUGGAGAGCAGGGCCCCCUUUCCCUUUGAAAAGGAUUCGAUGGAGGAAUUGGCAGGUGACUGCCCGAUCUCUGAAUGGGGACCUGCCUGAAUCACUUCUGAACUACUCGGACCAGAAACGCUUGAUUGGUGAUUUCCCUCACAUGAUUUAUUUAGGAUCAUAGCUUUAGAGCUAGAAGAGAUUGUAGUUCAGUCUCAUUUUACCGAAGAGGUUAGAUGGUUCAUUUCGGAUAAGAGCUAAAUUAAUAAUGGUAGUUUUUGACUCUGCCGCUCGUUACUAUUUCUAGUGUCUUAAAUGAAUAUGCUGUAUGUUUCUUCAAAAAUUAAGAUUCUCCUGGAUGUCUUCAGGAAGAUACUUGAAAAGCUAUUAUUUCAGUUAAUACCACCACAGUAUUCAUUAAAGUAAACUUGUUUAAAGGCGUGUACUAACUGCAACCUUAAUAACUACUCAGUACAAAUGGCCUUUUCCAUUAGGUGGAUGUAGCAGAAACGUUCUUUCAGCACUGGUAGGAGCACAGCAAGCAGCCUUAUAAAACAGGUUUUCGUUAAACAGACAUUGCGGUCAUUACCUUAGAUUUACUUCAUGCUGAUUUUUGUUCCUAUUUCUUAUUGAGAAUCGAUCACAUAAUUCUUUAAAGGACAAAUAAUCCUUGCUAAAUAUCUUGAGAUUUUUUUUUUUCUUUAGUAAACAAAAAAGCAUCCCAAAACCAAAAAACUUAUUUUCACAUUAAAAUGGAAAUGUCUUUUGCAACUUCAGAAUGCUAUGAAAAAGCAGUUUUUAUAAUAUUUUGUGUCCCUGAAUCUUUUAUCUUAACUAAAUGGUUUACAAAGAGAAGGUAAACAAUCUGUGAUCUGGCCAGUUGUACUUUUAGCUCCCAGAGAGAAGGUUGGUGUUGUGAGUAAAAACCACGCAGGAAAACUUGAGGGAGCAUCGUUGCCGGUAAUGUUCGUGUGUGUGCCAUUAAACCACCUCCAUGCGUGGGGGAGCAUUCACUUCUUAAUUUUGAAAUUGUAUUUGGAAUUGUUGCUGUGUACUAAGAACUGACCUAAAUAAAAUUCCACAAAGUA